GAAGGCUCUUGCAUCUCCUUUCCUUAACAAUUAAAUAAUUCAUGGAGAAAUUACCUUGUCAUUGCUAGCUACCUCCAAUUAUCACACAAAUUAAGGUGGUGAUCGAUGUCUAUAUAUGCUCAUGCUAGGAAUAAUUCAUAUGAAUUAAUUGCAGUUGGAAGCUCAAUGGGUGAUGAGAAUAAUGCUGAGGUGUCAGCUGCCGGAAAGUGGAAGUUCCCGGUGUUUGUCUUCUUCCAAGAUGCUAGGAAUGUUUUGAAGAGGGAUGAGCUAGGGCGGGAGAUACUGCGCAUCGCGUUCCCGGCGGCGCUGGCGCUGGCCGCCGAUCCCAUCGCAUCUUUGAUCGAUACGGCGUUUAUCGGGCACUUAGGGGCGGUGGAAAUCGGAGCUGUAGGAGUUUCCAUUGCUAUCUUCAACCAAGCCUCCAAAGUCACCAUAUUCCCACUUGUUAGCAUCACCACCUCAUUUGUUGCUCAGGAAGAUACUGUCAACAGAAUCUCCGAUGCUCAUGACUUGGAGAAGCCGCCAUCUGACAACAACGACAACAAUAACAACAACAACAGCAGCAGCACCACCAACAUUGCCAUCAUUGAUGAAAAAUCCAACAACAUCAACCCUCAUGAAGGUAAAGGAAGCAAGUGGAAGUGGGAAAGUGAGCGGCGUAACAUCCCUUCAGCAUCGACUGCUCUGGUCCUUGGAGUAGUGCUGGGCCUCAUCCAGACCAUUUUCCUUGUAUUCCUUGCUAAACCACUCUUGAACUUGAUGGGUGUCAAAACGGGAUCUCCAAUGCUGGAACCUGCAGAGAGGUACCUCACCAUAAGGUCACUUGGUGCUCCUGCAGUCCUUCUCUCUCUAGCCAUGCAAGGCAUCUUUCGCGGUUUCAAAGAUACUAAAACUCCUCUUUAUGCUAUUGUUGUAGGUGACCUAACCAACAUAAUUUUGGACCCCAUUUUCAUAUUUGUGUGUCGUUGGGGCGUCGCCGGUGCUGCCAUUGCUCAUGUCCUUUCACAGUACUUGAUCACUCUGAUUCUAUUUAGCAAGUUAGCAACACAGAUUGUGAUGUUGCCUCCAAGCAUCAAAGAUCUGCAGCUGAAGAGAUUCCUCAAGAAUGGUUUCCUUUUACUAGCAAGAGUGAUAGCUGUGACUAUCUGUGUGACGUUGGCUGCUUCGUUGGCUGCAAGGUUCGGCCCGACUCCAAUGGCUGCAUUCCAGAUAUGCCUGCAGGUCUGGCUCACUUCUUCACUCCUUGCUGAUGGCUUGGCAGUUGCUGGACAGGCAAUCCUUGCUUGUGCAUUUGCUGAGAAAGACUAUCAGAAAGCAACAGCUGCUGCAACUCGAGUGCUGCAGAUGGGAUUCGUGCUUGGGCUCGGGCUUGCUGUCUUCGUUGGAGUCGGGCUGCAGUUUGGAUCAGGAAUAUUUUCCAAGGACAAGAAUGUUAUUCAUAUGAUCGCCAUAGGCAUCCCGUUUGUAGCAGCAACGCAGCCUAUAAACACUCUGGCAUUCGUUUUCGAUGGUGUCAAUUUUGGAGCGUCUGACUUUGCAUACUCUGCAUACUCCAUGGUGCUUGUAUCCAUAGUGAGCAUUGGAUCAUUGUUUCUUCUGUCAAAAACUAACGGUUUCAUCGGUAUCUGGUUCGCUUUAACCAUCUACAUGGGACUAAGAACAUUUGCUGGGUUUUGGAGGAUGGGAACAGGAACAGGACCUUGGCGCUUUCUCAAGGGGAGAUCGUCCUCAUAGAAAAUAUGAUCCUUCAAAUGUAAUAAAACAAAAAAAGAAAAAGAAAAAAAACUAUCUUUGUUCCUUCACCCGUUUUGCUUUAUUUUUGUGUUUCUCAUUGUUUGUUAAGGCAGUAUUAUCUUCGUACAA